AUGAGCUCGCGCGUCGACCGGCGCGGACGGUCCGCGACGCGGGAGUUUGGGACGUGGGAAUCCGACGAUGAAGACGGCGAUGAUGGACGGCGACGGGAUUUGAGCAGGAAAUCGCUCCGGGGGUCGAGGCGGGGGCGGGACGGGAGCGGCGCGAGCGCGGACGCGUUCGCGGAGGAGGACGAGGCGAUCGAGAUCACCAGGGCUGAGCUGGAUAAGUUGAGAGAUAAGAUUGAUCAGGCGCGAAUGGACGCGGGGAUAUCGAGUCGAUCGAUAUCGAGGUCGAGCUCGAGGUCGCGCUCGAGGUCGAGACACGGCUCGCGAGCGUCGAGCCGGGCGCCGAGUCGGUCGUCGAGUCGACGGUCGAUGGCGAGCACGGAUAGCGUCGAUCCGGAUUUCGCGGAUGAGCGGAGCACCACCGUAGGGGGAUCGACCGCGGGUGGGCUCAGCGUGGAGAACGGGGGGUUCGGUGAUAUGAUGGGCAUGUUUGGCGAGGAGAAGCCGCCGAUUUGGGAUGAGGACGAGCUCGAUACCAAAAGGAUGAAGGAGGAGACGAACGCGCAUCAGAUCGGCUCGGCGGUCGUGCCAAAAAAAGUCGUGGAGAAGUACGAGACGGCGAAGCUUGAGUACGAGAAAGCGCUCAAGGCGAAGCGUGAAAAGAAGGACAGGCUCAGGCGCGAGCUUGCCGCGCAGUCGAAGCCCGCCUCCAAAGUGGAUGAGUUGGCCGCCGAAUUCAGCAGAGCAAUCACGGGCGAUGAUCCGGUGAAGACCGUAAGAAAACGGAUGGACUACAAGAAGGAGAAUCAAAUGCGCGUUAAAGCGGCUCGGCUCGCGCACGCGCAUAAAAAGGUUGAGCCGACAUUUUUUGUGAAAAUGAGCAGUUUACUCUUCGGCUGUUGCAUGCGUCGUUGA